AUGUCUACAUCUGCUGCUAAUGUCAGGUAUCCUAAAAUUGUUGAUGUCCACAAAGAAAGUCUUCUUCAACGUGGAUAUAAAAGUUUUGCACAGUGGAAAAGCGAUGAAGAUCAUUUAUAUAUUGGAAGAGAUAUGAGUCAAUAUGUUCCUGGAGCAGUUGGUUCUCGCCUGCAGAAUCCAUAUAAAGUCAAAGAAUAUGGACUUGAAAGAUGUCUUGAAUUAUAUUACGAAAAAUUCAAGAACGAAGAUCUUUCAUUUCUUCUUGAAUUCAAAGAACUCGGUUGUUGGUGCCACAACAGAAACGACGUUCCAAAUCCCUUAAAGACUGUCAAUGUCAUGGGGAUGUCUUGUUAUUCAUUCUUUACUCAAAAUUGA